UAGAACAAACAAAACAUACACUCAAACCAAACCAAAGUCUCAUUCUAACUAAACACAAAAAUGACAGUUCCUCCACAACUAUUAAAAAAUCAAUUAAUAACACAAAAUUUACUUAUUGUGAGUACCUAACCUGAAAGACUUUCUUGCUGAUAAUCAAUCCAUAACAUCAAGCAUACCCGUUGUAGUGCCACUACAAUUUGACUUCAGGGGCUGCAAUGGUGCUUAGUUUCAAUAGCCUCUGAAAUGGAGGAAGAAGAAAAGUCAGAUCCAGAGACUACACCAUUAAAGACCAAGAAGAAAGGAUUCUGUAGUCUGUUAAACCUGAGGAAGAAGAAAGUUGGAUGUUUGCCAUUAAGUUCUGAUGCGAGCCAGGAUGACAGUCCAGGACCGAGCACAAGCGCUAGUCCACUGCAUAAAACUGUGUUUGAUCUUCCGUCACCACCGCGACUAAACAAAAGCGUUAGUGAGGAACAUCCGAGUGAGAACGAUGAGUUGAAGAGAUGCGAUGCGGUGGCUAAGUCUCACAGCAGCACUAAUGUGGCACUGUGCUGCGCAAUCACAGAGAGCUCUCGUACUCCGGUACACUUUCAGUCCAAUUUCAAGUUCCAUUACAACAACAAUUUGUCAACAAUGAGUAUAAACCGAUCCAGUAUCUUGACUAGGAUGAACGGACGUUCUGAAGAGUUGAGUGAAGGAUUGCCCCCCACCGGCUUAGAUCCGGGGAAACUGAAGAAACCUGCUUCAGAAACCAACAUUGUUGCUUCCGCAAAACGUGCCGACAGCUUUAGAAAGUGCCUUUUUAGCCGGACGAAGAAGACCCACAAGAGAUCUUUCAGCCUCGGGAAGUCAACGUUUUCAGAGGAAAAGCCGAAAGAUGCUGACUCUGGUAAUGUGGAAUGUUCGCUGUCUGCCAGUGAGGUGUCGCCGCAGAGUUCACCCUCCCCAGUCGAGGCAAGUCACGCUAGACUGAGACGGAGGUUGUUGCUGUCUCAGCGUCGCUCAGUGGACAACAUUGUAGCCUCCAGUUCAGGAUUUCUCAGUCGGAGUCUCCCUUCUUUUUUUGGUUCAGGAUCGCCAGGCUCCACAAGAAGUGCGGACAGCAAAGAGUCAACUGGGAAGAAGAAGAAGGCACGGCCCUCGUCAGUGGUAGUCACUGGCACAAGGGACAAGAGCAAGGACAAGUCCCCAGCCAAGCAGGAUGUGAGCAUGGAGAGUCUAGUGAGACAGUCAUUGCUAGCGGCUCAGGUCUUCCAUCUCAUCCCCACCACCAAGGCGAGGGAGCGGAAUUUCUUGCAUGGUCGAAUUGCUGCAACAUCUCUGUUGGGUACCCUGGAGCUGGAGCGAGUGUUGCCAACACGAGAGCUGCAUAUCUGCGUCGUCACGUGGAACAUGAACGGACAGGCCCCACCCACUGAGCUCAACUGCCUUGUGUUACCGGAAGGUCUGGACCAUCUUCCUGACAUCUUGGCUGUCGGAACACAGGAAUCUUACCCAGAAAGGUUCCAGUGGGAGGUCGGUGUACAGGAGACGCUGGGGCCGAGUCAUGUGUUGUUCCACUCGGCCAAUCUAGGCACUCUACACCUCGCAGUCUACCUGCGCAGGGACUUGCUGUGGUUCUGCUCAGUCCCUGAGGAUGACAGUUUUAGCACUCGCCCCGGCACUGCGUUCCGCACCAAAGGCGCUGUUGCUGUCGGCUUCUCAGUGUUUGGGACGUCGUUGAUGUUCAUCACGGCACAUCUGACAGCGCAUCAAGAGAAGGUCAAAGAAAGGUUGCAAGACAUCAAAAGGAUUGCCAAAAGUUUAGAGUUGCCAAAAAACCUUCCGGUCAAGCACAAAAGUAAAGACGUUACUCAGAACUACGACUGUGUGUUCUGGAGUGGGGACCUCAACUUCCGUCUGACCCCUCCACGGGAAGAAGUGAUGUCGUGGAUCAACAAGCAGAAGUUUCCGCUCACCUCCCCCUCCCUGGGGUGUCUGGCGGACCAGCUGACGACGAGCAUUGUGGACGGCACAGUUUUCCGAGGGUUUGAGGAAGGGCCAUUGACUUUCGCUCCGACGUACAAGUACGACCCUGGUACCUCCACAUAUGACACAUCUCAUAAACAGCGGACACCCUCCUAUACUGACAGGAUCUUGUUCCGCAGCCGUCGCCACAACACGGAGAGCACAGCGGUGGAGUGUGUAGCCUACGCUAGUGUGCCAGAGGUCUGUACCAGCGACCACAAGCCUGUGUGGGGUCUGUACAAGGUGCCUGUACGGCCAGGUCUGGACACGAUACCUUUAGCAGCAGGAAUGUUCAACAGGGAAGUCUACUUAGAAGCUAUCAAGAGAAGAGCAGCAGCUAUGGAUUUGACUGAUGGCGCAUCAACCUUCUGUACCAUUCAGUAGUGCCAACCAUCUUCAAUGGAUUCGGUAGUACCAAGACUUCAGUAGUUGUCAACAUGGUGUACACCAAGUGUGCCAAGAUGUUCAGUAGUAUCACUGCAAGCAACAUCAACAUCUCAACAUGACAGAACAUAAAUAAUCAACAUACACUAAGGUACCAACAUAACAAAUCAAUAUACUCAAAUUUUUAUUUAAGGAAUUUCGACUGUCAUUUAGAAAAAAUCAUAUACUUGUUAUGAUUAAUUUCAAAAUUUUUAAUCAUAUUGUCUUUAAAUAUUCUUACUACUGUCAAAAGUAUCAGAAUAUUGUUAACCAAAAGUAUUUUUAUUACCUGACAUAAAUUUAUUAAUAUUUAUUGUAUAAUUUUUACACUUUGUAUACAUUUUAUUUAGAUUAAAAUGAUUUUAGAUGGUACGUUGUAAUAAUUUGAAUG